AUAACCUAAAAAUCAAAACGACAAAUAAUAACCUCAAAAUAAAUAUUUUUCUCUUGUGGCUUUUUGUGAUGUUUUUUUGUGUGGAGUUUUUUGGGUAAAAAAUGGAUGUUGUGGAUAUAAAAAUUGAGCAGGAAGAUGAUUAUGUUGAUACAAGUAUUGUCAAGGAGGAGUACAUCGUGCAGGAAGUUGAGGAAACCCCGGAAGUUGCUGGAAUUCAAGAAUCGCCCUCGACGAAUGGUUAUGAGACUGACAUUAAAAUUGAACCUCAAGAUUCUGGUUAUUCCGGAAGUGCAACUCCCAACGACUUCCCGGACAAUGUUCAGAAGAAUGAAAAUUUCACAGAAGAGCUGUCGUUCAAAUGUCUCAAAUGCGGGAAUAAAUACAACUGCAAUCAUAUGCUGCGUAAGCAUAUGUUCUUCUGUAGGGGAAUGAAUGAAGAGCCCCAAUGGAAGUGCUCCAACUGUGGCAAUAGAUUCACCAAAAAGACUACUAUGGAGCAUCAUGAGUAUAUGUGCAAGAACAGAAAGAAGACUUCCCUCAAAUGCGUUUUUUGUCGUAGAAAAUCCAAGAAAAAGAUUUACAAGAAGAAGCAACAUGAAAGCAGACCAACGUAUACAUGUGAAGCUUGCGGGAAGAGUUUCAUCAUAAAGCGUAGCCUGGAGGUACAUUUAAAUCCACAAUUCACGACUCCCAGGUACGUAUGCAGCAUAUGCAAUGAGAAAUUCCAGAAUGAAUGCCUGCUCAAGCAACAUAAAGCAUCAUGUUGUGCAAAACCACGAGGGAUCUUCCAAUGCGACUUAUGCUCCAAGAACUUUCCAAAGAAGCUUCUACUUCAGCAGCAUAUUAUGAGUCAUGUUAAGAAACAACGAGGGUUUAUUUGUGAUUUCUGCGGGAACAACUACGAGUACGAGAAGACUCUGGAAUUUCAUGAGACUAUAUGCAGAAAUAUGAUUGAAGCACCUAAAUUCCCAUGCAUCACCUGUGGUAACAAAUACCCAACGGAAGCAGCCCUCAACUUGCACAUAUACUACUGCAUAAAUAACAUAAGAGCUAGUGUUAACACGGUGAAGGAAUUCUGGUCCAAGUCACAGGAUAAUGAAAAGACUGAUGGAGGGAAGAAGCAUUUCGAAUGCAGCAUAUGCUGCAAGGAGUUGCAGUCAAAGGAAGAGCUAGUCAAGCAUAUGACCAUUCAUACGGCAACUGAAAUCAAACAUGACAUCCUAUCUUGCAAGAAAUGUGGGAUAAUAUUCACAAAAGAGUAUCAUUUGAAGCGGCACUUCAACAAUUGUCCUGAAAAUGUUUCUUCGAUGCAGCAUCCGUUUUCAUGCAAAAACUGUGGGCAUACAUUCAAAGAGCAAAAGAUCUUGGAGAUGCAUUACAAUGAUUCCAAUACUGAUGUUACAACAGUUAAAUACAUUUGCACGGGAUGUAAGAGUAAAUUCAAGACAUUUUGCUCAAUGAAGCAGCAUAAGAAGACGUGCGUGCAGCAAGAUGGCGGCAAUGCAGCAGAUGUGAUCAAGAGCUUGAAAUGCGAGCUAUGUUCUCUAAGAUUCAACGACAAAUUCACGAUGCUUAAGCAUUUUUUCACGCACGUAAAUGCAAAAACGUUCUCGUGCAGAAUUUGUGGAAAUAAAUAUUCAACUCGAAUUUCAGUAAAAAAGCAUGAGGUAAUGUGUGAGAAGAAGGUGAAAAAACCACUCUUGCCAUGCAAAAUGUGUGACAAUAAAUACUACACUAAGAACGUUCUAAAUAACCAUUAUAACUUCUGUGUUUAUAACACUGAAGAGGCUACUGCUACUAUCCAGAAACUAUGGCGUCGCAUUGAGUCUUUCUCAAAAGCAACCACAGGUGGGAUUGCAACGAAGCACUAUAAGUGCAGUAAAUGCGACAAAAUGAUGAAGAAGAAGAAGGAUGUGAUGAUGCAUGUCCUGAGUCAUGUUAACGGAGGAAUUGAUCCCAAAGUUGAGCAAAAAGAUAUCAUUCAUCAGGACUUUCCUUGCACGAAGUGUGGAAAGAUAUACAAGAAUGAAAAAUACAUGAAGACCCACCUCUUAGUCUGCCAAGAAGAGAAGCCUCCAUUGAAAUCUUCCUUUUAUCAGGAUAAUUCUGUUUAUCCCAUUUGCAGCAAAGUAGAAUUUGAGAAGAAGGAAGAUUCGAAAAAUCACAUUGAAGGACGCUUUGCUAACAUCGGAUAUGACAACGAUGAAACAUCGGCAGGAACGAUAAAAAUGGAGGAAGAAGAAAAUAUGAUGCUAAUUUAUGAUUAAAAAUCGGACGAGGUGAUUUGCAAAGGAAAUAUGUAAAAGCAAAUCAUGAGAAUAAAUGUGAAAAAAUUUUAAAAA